AUGAAUAGAGAAAUGAAUAAAUACAUUAGUCUAACAAGUGAUGUUUAUUAAUAAAAGAUAAUUGAAUGCUUUGAAGUGGUAUAAAAUGAAAUAGAAGUAAUAUUAAUCAAAUAACUAGACUUCAUUCAACAAAAUUGACUCUUAUUUAGAUUCAAUUCUUAAUAUUAGUUGUGAUUCAUUAAAUAGUAAGACCUUGAAAAAUGAAGCUUGUGUACCUAUCUUUGACUAACCUUAGAAUAAAUUUGAGAAAUCAAACUUUAGUUAAUAAUUAUAUUAAGAUAUAUAACCAUUAAUCAUAUAUACUUUUAACAAUUAAAUUAAACUCAAAGAUCAAUUAUUAAAUCAAACAUAAACAAAUUAAGAGAUACAAUCACUUACUAAUCAAUCAAACAUCAAACCAUUCAAUUAUCAACUAAUUUCACAAUAUUCAAUUUCAUAAAAUGAAUGCUGUUUUGCAAUAGCUAUUAAUAAAGAUUGUUCAACAUUAUUGGCUGGAUGUGAUAAACAAAUUAAAGUAUUUGAAUUCAAGUAAGGAAUGACCAAACAAACUUAAAUUUUAAGUGAACAUCAGAAUAGGGUAUUUACUCUAAACAUUAUGAAGAAAUCAAAUUAGUUUAUAUCUGGGAGUUGUGAUAAUUCUAUGAUUAUAUGGUAAUAAAAUUAAAAUAAUUAAUGGACUUCCUAAUACAUAUUAAAUGGACAUGAUGAUUGGGUCUAUUGUUUAAUAUUAAAUAACAAUGAAGAUUUAAUUGUAUCAGGAUCUAAGGAUAAUACAAUUAGAUUUUGGAUGAAAAAGAAUGAAUGGUCAUGUUAGUAAACAAUUUAAGAUCAUUCUCAUCAUGUAUACGGAUUGAGUUUUAAUUAAUAAUAAAAUAGAGUUGUCUCUUGUGGUUAAGAUAAAUUAGUAUUAAUAAUGGAAUAAUAAGGAUAGAAUAAAGAAUGGAUUGUUAUAUAAAAGAUUACAGUUGAAUAAAUUGCAUGGAGAGUAUGUUUUAUUGAUAAUAAUAUGUUCACAUUAUCACAAAGAAACUAUGAAUUGAUAUCUAUUUUUGAGAUGAACAAGAUAAAUCAAUAGUUUACAAAGACUACAGAUAUUAAUGUAAAAUGUGGAUCAGAUAGUAAUUGUUUAUUUCCUUAAUAAUAUAUACAUUCAAAAUGUAUCCUUGUGAGUAAGAAUGGCUAAUAUGUGAAUUUGAUAAGGAAAACAUUAAAUGGACAAUUUGUAACUCAAUAAUCCAUUCAUUUUAAUACAAAUUCAUUAUUUGGAGGAAUGAGUGAUGAUGGAGAGUAUUUAAUCACAUGGGAUAACAACUCAAUGUAAAUACAAAUCAGAAGAUAUCAAGAAUAAUGA